AUGGAAGACUUUUCCAAUAAUAAGAGUAUCGAAGAUUCUGGGGACUUUGGUCCGAUUCCGACAGCUAAGAAAGGCGGUUGGAUCACCUUGCCAUUCAUUUUAGCAACCGUGGCUGGGUUAUCAAUGGCGUAUGGAGGCCUGGUUUCAAAUCUUGAAGUGUAUCUGAUUCAAGAAUUCAAUAUUGAGAGAAUCAGUGCCGCUAAAAUUUACAAUGCAACCAACGCCAUUAUUUCUAUUUUACCGGUUGCAGCUGCCAUUUUAGCUGACUCAUUUUUGGGAUGUUAUUCUGUCAUCUGGAUUUCUUCCUCAUUACAUCACUGGUCAGUUUUGUUGCUGUUAAUUUUAACAGCAGCCUUAAGUAAACUAAGACCUCCUCCAUGUGAAAGUGGAUCAUCAGACCCCUGCAAAACCCCAACAUUAAUCCAACAUACGGCUCUUUAUCUUGGCUUAGGACUAGUAUCUGUUGGACUGGCUGGAACACGAUUCACCGUAGGAUCAAUUGGCGCGUACCAAUUUGAUAAAUCAAAGCAACAAGGAGUUUUCUUCAACUGGUUCACAUUUGUCAUUUACAUUUCUUAUGUCAUGAGCUCCACAGCUAUUGUUUAUGUUGAAAGUUAUGUGAGUUGGGCGUGGGGAUUUGGGAUUUGUUUUGCGACAAAUACACUUGCAUUAAUGCUUUUUCUGGCCGGAACUAGUUUCUAUCGACAGAUGAAACCUCACGGUAGCCCUUUCGCGAGCUUGGCUCGUGUUGUUGUUGCAGCUGUCAGAAAAAGUGGUGUCACACAUUCACAUAACCCGGAUGAUUACUGCCAAGGUCAUGACUAUGGGACUCCUGCUUUGCCUACGAAAUUCUUAUGGUGUUUAAAUGGUGCAGCAUUUAGAACUGAAUGGGAUAUUGGACAACAGGGGAAGAUGACAAAAUCAUGGAAACUUUGUACAGUGACAGAAGUAGAAGACUUCAAAUGCCUAAUCAAACUGGUUCCACUAUGGAUAAGUUCAUUGAUUGUCUCCACUCCACUAGUCAUCCAACUUAGUAUGGUAAAUCUCCAGGCUUUAUCGAUGGACCGUCACCUUGGACAGAAACUCGAGAUUCCGGCUGGAACAAUGCCGAUCUUCAUUUUCAUGUCGACUUGCAUCACCAUCUUCUUUGUUGAUAGACUUUUACUCAAAAUGUGGAAUAAGAUUACCUGCAAGCCCAUCUCUCCCCUCCAACGUGUAGGAAUAGGUCACGUGCUCAAUGUCGUAAGCAUGGCGGUUUUAGCGCUAGUGGAGGCGAAGAGGCUGAAGAUGGCUCGAUUGCAUAAUUUACAGGGCCAAGACAUUAAUGCUGUGGUGCCAAUGUCAAUUUUCUGGUUGGUGCCAUCACUAGCUCUUGCCGGAAUUGGAGAAGGAUUUCAUUUUCCGGGACAAAUUUCAUUCUACUACAAAGAGUUUCCUAAACACUUGAAAAGCACUUCGACUGCGGUUUUUUCUUUAUGUAUUGGCAUUGGAUUUUACAUGGGAAAUGGCUCGAUUUUACAUGUGUACUGGCUCGUCACUGCACUAGGUGGCAUCAACUUUUGUUAUUUUCUGUUAUGUACUUCUUUGUACAAGUAA